GCCACCUGAAGGCCGUUUGGCCACAGUAAAUCUCAAAUUUCCCCUCGAGUUCCCCCGUUCCUCCCGCAGCAGUCAAUCAUGACCAAAGCCAUCACAAAUAUGGGCCCUUCGGCAGAUGUGGGUGUCAUGUCUGUCGCCAUGUCAAUGGCGCAGACAGCAGACUCAGAAAAGGGCCGUGACCCAGAAAGACCCCCGCUCUACCAAGUUGAUCAGACAGCCCAAGUCUCUCACCAUGACCAAAUGCUACCAGCCGACGUCAAAACUGCGAGAGACUGGCCACGGCCCCGAAAAUGGAUAGCAACUCUGAUACCGUCGGGUUUCUUGUUCCUCCAAGCAUUGACCGAGACAAUGCUCGUCCCCGUGGAAAAGCAAGUGUCGAGAGACCUGCAUAUAAGACGCCCCUAUGAGUGGAUCCUAUGCAACUCUCUUGUUCUUGUAGGCAUUGGCUUCGGCCCACUUCUUCUCGCACCCCUAUCCGAAGUAUACGGCCGCAAACCCAUUUUGCUGAGCGGCAGUGCCGUAUUUCUCAUCUGGAACACGGGCUGCGGAGCAGCACCCAACCUCGAAUCCUUCCUCGUCUUCCGGCUUCUAUCUGGCUUUGGGGCUUGCGUUGCAGAUGCCAUUGCUGGUGGUCUCCUGAGUGACCUUUGGAGGGCUGAAGAGAGGGGGAAAGCAUUUGCAGUCUACAUGGCAGCACCGCUUCUCGGCCCUGCUUUGGGCCCCAUUUUCGGAGCGUUCAUUUCUGAAGGUGCGAAUUGGAAGUGGGUGUUUUGGACAACAUCAAUAGCCACAGGAGUCGGCAUGGUCGUAGCGAUGCCCUUUUUCAAGGAGACGUAUGAGCCAAAGAUACGCCAAACCUUUGCCAAAAAGUCUCAGCGGCAGCAGCAGCCUAUGAGCACUGAAAAGACGACUGCCUUCUUAACGCUCAUGAGAGCCAAUCUCCAACGACCGUUCCGAAUGCUAGCGACCCAACCCAUAGUCCAGCUUCUCGCAACCUACAUGGGCCUAUUGUACGGAACCAUGUUCCUAUUCCUCUACAUGUAUCCUCGCAUGUGGGAAGAACAUUACCACCAGAGCAUCCGAAUUGGAAGUCUGAAUUACAUUUCAGCUGCAAUAGGAUAUGUUGUUGGUGUUAAUGUUGCUGGCCACCUCAACGACUGGAUCUAUGCAAAACUCAAAGCUCGUAAUGGUGGAGUAGGCAAACCCGAGUUUCGCGUGCCCGCCAUGAUCGUUGGGACACUUCUCGUACCUAUUGGGCUGAUAUGGUGGGGAUGGUCCGGCCAGGCGAGGAUUCAUUGGAUCAUGCCCAACAUCGGAUGCUUCAUUUUCACCACCGGAUGCUACGUUUGCGCUAGCUGCGUUUCUCUCUUCCUGAUUGACACCUACGUCAAAUAUUCUGCUUCUGCCCUGUCAACAGCCCUACUUACUCGAAGUUGUGCGGCUGCCUUUUUCCCACUGUUUGCACCUUAUAUGUUUGAUCGCCUGGGCUUUGGCAUAGCAGCGACGGUACUAGCAGCGGCAUUUUCAGUUUUUGGCAUGGCAUCCAUUGCGAUUCUUUGGUUUUAUGGCGAACGCAUCCGGUCCAAGAGCACAUACUGUACCGAGUUUAUUUAGGCGGACUGCGAUUAGAAGAUCAUACAGCACCGCCGGGACAAGUUUGGCUUUGUUUGGAAUGCCUUUUCCUACAUGUGGCCAGAUUUUGGUAAGAGAUUUGACGUACUUGCAAAAAGAAAGAACAUCAGGUCAUGGCAGGAAGAAGAAAAUGAUAUUAGAUUUGGACACAGAACCCAUUCCUUCUCAGUCGCAGUCAUUUGGGAGUGCCUUUCACUAAGUCUCGAUAAAAG